AUGUACAACCUUAAGGCGUGUGUGGUGUGUUUUAGCGCUAAUGUUAAAUUAAUAAGUUUGAACAGUUGUAAAUUACGACAAGAAUUCCAAUUAAUUUCUGGCAUCAAGACGCGCGUCGAGGGUGGUAUGCCGGAUUAUUUAUGCUUCCAAUGCGUAGCACUUGUGAGAAAAUUCGUAAAGUUUAGGAGUAGAUGCCAACGUGCUCAUUAUGCUUUAAAAGAAAUUUUAAACAGAAAUAAUGAGAUUAACGAAACAAAUCUUUCAAAUUUAGAUCGUAACCUCCUUGAUAUAAUGCCGCCUCUUUCCUUUAUGAGUCCAGAUAAGCCGCGCUAUGAACAAGUAAAAUUCCAAUGGAAAAAACAAAACCGCAUUGACUGGUGUAACACUGCCAAAACUGAUAUUCAUAUAGUUCAUUGCAGUACACUCACUGCUGAUGACACUUUCAAUGAAGUCACCAACACAGAGGUUUUAGAAUUCACUGAAGAUAAAAUUAAAAGAGAUAUUGAGGAUGUAGUACAGGAACAAAUAAAUGUAGAGUAUGAUGUACCGAAAAAUGAGUCGCAAAGUUUUGAAAAUAAUGCUACCGAGGAUGCUGAUAUGGCUGAAUCGUUCUUGGACAAUGAUCAAAUAGGCAGUGAUAAUGAGCAAGAUAUUACGAAUUUGUCCCUGUUCAAAGUUGAGAGUACCGAAGUGGAUGGUAGUGCGAUGGAUGAAGAGUAUGCUACUUUAAUCCCAAUAUCCGUUAAAGAGGCUAAGGCCGUAAUAGAGGUAUACAAGAUGUUCACUCAGGGUAAAUAUCAUUGUAAAAUAUGCAAUAAAGCCUAUAACAAUGAGGAACGGAUGAAUGUACAUUUACGUAUGCAUGAUAAGCACGUGAGUGGUAACUACCAUUGUGGACUUUGUCGAUAUUACUAUAAGACUGAGUUUCUAUUGAAAACUCAUAUGACUGAAAAACAUCUGUACAAAUACAUUUGUAGGAAAUGCCCUGAAGUCAGCUUUGAUAGAACAUCAGCAAAACAGCACUACAUAUGGGCACAUUUACAAAACGGUAGCAAAAAGGAUGCCAACUGGUACGAAUCUAGACCGAAGUGGAUUAAAACUAGGGGAGGGAGAAGGGUGAAAGGUGUGGUUACUUUAAAACCAGUGAGGAAAAUCAGUAAAUUGCCCGAAGACUUCCUCAUUUACUCUCCCAUCGGUCACGAAGAACAGUACACACUUGUAAAGGAACGCCAAAAGUCACGAAACUAUCAGGAAGCGAAAUAUCAAUGUCAUUUGUGCUAUAGAGGGUUCAGACUACUACGGACUUAUAAUAAGCAUAUGAAUAAACAUGAUCCUGCCCACGCCGGUCCACUACAGUGCGACAUCUGCAAACUCCACUUCAAAGACCAAAGGAAGCUCUACAAACAUAUGAACAUCACCCAUCUCUUCAAGUAUUCCUGUCAGCUCUGCAGCUUCUUUUGUUGUAAUAGAGGUCAAGCGCACAUGCAUUAUAGAUGGCACAAAAAUGUCACUUACGAAUGUCCUCAUUGCAAGAAGAAAUUCAUGAAAGCGUCAACACGUCUCACUCACAUACGAAUAAAACAUCCGUCCAUGUGUUUGUGCACUAUUUGCGGGCACAGUUUUGUAAGCGAUUCUGGACUCUAUUGUCAUAAGCAAAUUGCACAUACUGAAGAGGAGAUAGAGCAGAGUAACAAGAUGGUAGUGAACACAUCGGACCCGCACUACUGCCACGACUGCGAGAUACAGUUCAUGUCAUUCGCAGCAUUCAACACUCAUCUCGGCAGCUCAUACAAACAUGCUACUACUAACCUUUCGAUAAAGCCGCAGCGGCGGUCGAAGACGGAGGAGUCCCGGCCGCGCGGCCGGCCGCGGCGCGGGGCAUGCUCCGAGAUCGUCAACAACGGACUCACCACCUCUAGCACUUGCGAAGUCUGCGGCAAGUUCCUGUGUAACGACGUCCAAGCCCGCAAGCACUACGAGGCCGAGCACCCCGACACCGAGUACCUCAAGCGGUACAUGUGUGACGUCUGUGGACACACCACCCGGCAAUACGCGAACCUGAUAGUGCACAUGCGUACACAUACGAACGAGAAACCGUACGGCUGUCCACACUGCGACCGACGGUUCAACAUGCCCAGCAACCGGGACAGACAUCUUGUUGUGCAUACAGGAGAGAAACGGUACCAGUGCCAGCACUGCAACCGUCGGUUCACGCAGAGCUCGGCCGUCAAACUCCACAUACAGACCGUGCACCUCAAGAUACCUUACGCGCCCUGGAACAAGAAGAAUAGGAAGCGACGCAAGGAAUUAGAAACAGCCGGCAUGUCGACGCCACUAACCCUGGCGCCCCCGCAACACAAGAUGGCUACAUACGACACUCCCGCAGACUAUCUCAACGCUUACAUCACUUAUAACGAUGAUUAA